AGAGCGCGGAUCGUUUCGGCGAAGGGAAAGAGCAUCUGCAAUCGGCCAUUCAGCAAAUUCGUGAGAGAGUUGACCGGUCAGUUGAAGACAAGCGCUCCUGGUUUGAAAUCACGCGAGCUAAAACAUUACUCAGAUUAAAAAGUACCACAGUACUGAAUUAGCACUGGAAUGUAUAUUUUCACAUCACUGUACAGACGUUAACUUUGGGGAGGGUGUUUGAGGAGGACAUGACCUCAGUUUAAGUGUUUCUUGUCUUGGAUAUAAACAAUAAACGCGUGAGUCUGUGGAACUGAACAAUCCUGACAUCCAGAGCAACAUCCAGUAACGACGUCUGGACUGGAGAGCAGGUGCUUGUCUCAUCUUAAAGAGGAAAACAGUCAGAGGAUGUGACACAAAUAUGGGACGGUGUUUCCGAUUGGCAAUCACAGCAGAUUCGUAUUUUAUCGGCGUGUACGUGUAACGCCGUCCAGUAUAGUGACUGAAGCGACCGGACCAGCAAACAGAGACGUCCUCCGGCUACUUCCACUCGGUAUAACUCCUCCAAGAUCACCUCUAAAGUAACUUGCACGACUGGAGCCCGCUCAUGGGUGCCGCUGGACCGGAUGGCGUGCUACUACCUUGUGAUCAGCUCCACGCAUCUCAGCAAUGGACACUACCGGAGCAUCAAAGGAGUUUUCCGGGGUCCGCUCUGCAAAAGCACCGGAGGCGAAUCACCGGACUACCCUAAGAAAGAGAAAGCCAUUGCAAAAGCGCUGGGGGAUUUGAAGGCUAACUUCUAUUGUGAACUAUGCGAUAAGCAGUACCACAAACACCAGGAGUUUGACAACCACAUCAACUCAUAUGACCACGCACAUAAACAGAGACUGAAAGAGUUGAAGCAGAGAGAAUUUGCAAGGAAUGUCUCCUCCAAGUCUUGGAAAGAUGAGAAAAAGCAGAAAAGAGCUCUGAAACGACUGCACCAGCUCGCACAACUUAAACAGCAAAGAAACAGUGAUGACAGGAAAGGUCCAAAAUUAAGGUCUACAAACAAGGAUAAAGAUCAAGUUAAAUUCCCCUCUACUGGCAGUAGCAGGUUAGACACAAAACCAACAGCAUUGUCAGUCCGAGACUCAACUGUCUCUUUGAAGGGCUUGUCCUCCACUCAUAUACCCACACAUCAGCAGCUAUGCCAUGAAAAACAACCCUUACAGACUAAAUCCUCUGCAGAACACCGGAGCAACAGGGCAGGGGUCUCAUUCUGUUUCUCCAGGCGAGCUCAACUGAAGCUUGACUCCUGUGCAUCUGUGUUUAGUGAUGGACUUGAAGACACUAGUGACUAUCAAGAGCUCCAGCGCCACAGGCACAGACUCGCCCUAGAGGACCUCUGGUCCUGCUCAAGCUCACCCAGAACCUCAAGUAAUGAUGGGCAUGAUCUAUCCCAUGAUCCACCAACUCUGGAAUGGGUGGAUGGAGACUCUCAAACACUGCAAAUAGAAGCACAAGCAGAACAUGUGGAAAACUCUGAAAUUAAAGCAAACUACAGCACAAGUGAGCCAGAGAAGCUGGGGUGUCCUGACACACAAAGUCCUAGAGCAGACUGGAAGCCAGCUGGUUCAGAGGACAGAUUGCUUGAUGGGGGGCAGAGGCCCAGGGCAGAGAGGGCUUAUGGGGGAUCAGAGGAGAGAGAAUGUCUCAAGUUCCCCAGCCCUACUGUUUACACAGAUGGACAAGGAACCAUGGCCCAAGGCCAGCUCCAAAUACACAAAGGCUUAAACCACCAUACACAGAAAACCAGCAAACAUGGUAUUAUGCAGAAUGGGAAGGACUGUUUAUCAGAAAAAGGGACAGAGGAGUAUAAAAUACACAAAGUGUGCAAGAAUGAAAUUACAGGUUCUUUCCUUAAUGUACGAAGCAAGGAUGGAAGUGUGAUGAACUGGCCUUCUGAGCUGGUGCAGUACACUUCCGGCGAGCCACAGGUGUCUUAUAGCUGUAACCCUCUAUACCACUAUUUCAAACAGAAGGAGGGCAAAAGCACAAAAGCUGAGCAGUCAGAUGUAUAUGUUGUCGGCAAACUUGCAGGCCAUAACGACAGGGCUGGGCAACAAACACAGGAUGUUCCAGGAGGUAAAUCAGGCAUUUUAAAACCAAAGAGACCCAAACACAGGAGAAAGGGGGAAAAAAAUAGGCAUAAAUUAGAUGCUGUCAGGAUCCAGGAAGCAGGCUGUUCAUUCAAAACCUGCUCGCAGACAGAACCUGGAGGACACUUUGAAUUCCAAAGAACUCCAGCUGACACGUCACAAAACAAGCAAGCAUGCACUGAGAGGAGGCACAAGCUGGGAAAGAGAAAAAGAUCAGUGAGAGAUGAGACUUCAAAUGAAAGUGACACCCCAGAGCACAGCCUCAAAAGCAUUGUUGUAAACUCGCUUUCCGCCCCAGCACGUAAAAGAAAGCAAUGUCAAACGAUGAGGGGGUUUGAAUUGGCGCUGCCCUGGCUAAGGCGAAGGCCUUUGCCAUAUUCUGUUCACAACACAACAGGAAGAGAGGAUAAUUAUCACUGUUAUGACGACAGCUAUGAUUCAAAGAGGGAUGCUGCCUCAACUACCACCAGUGACAAAUCUGGGUCAUGGAGUGGCCUGUCAGACUUAAACUCAGAUGGGGAAUCACCUGUGUACCACAUGGGGAGAUGUUCCACCUCACCAAGAUCAAACUAUCUGUACCCUUUGAGAAAAGACCACAGUCAGUCCAGGUCUUACAUUAGAAGUUCCCCUUACAAUGAACCUUACUACAGUUACAGUCCAUGCAAAGAUUUUGAACAUACAGGAGAAAGUUGGGAUUACACAGACCCUUACGUCUACAAUAACCAAAAAUAUUCAACAGUUUGUGACAGCCCAGAUCAGCACGAGAGGAACAGUAUCAGAAGGCACAAAAGGUUUAUUGAGGAGCGUAAAUACAGAGAGCACAGAUUUCAGCAUACAGGUAGGCAGUUAUUUUAUAGAGUCUAUGACAGUCCUGAACCUAAAGAAGAUGACAGGGACUGGUGGUAUGAAAGGCUUAGCCCUGUAAGUGGGAAGCACCGGGAGAGAGAAGAAUUUCCUUGGUCAAGUCCAGAAAGAAGUGAAGACAUGUGGUAUAACAAGCCAGUGUCCAUUCAUAGCCCUGGUUCCUCUAGUACCACUAGCAUCUCUGAUCUUAGUGGGAACUGGUUGUCUAAUUCCCAUGUUAGGCCAUCUACUACUGGACAGAGCCAGAAACAUUGCAGUUAUUCUGGAUGCCCACCCAAGAGAUUGGUCAAGACCAAAUCCUCCCAUUCUCUUCUUAGAAAGAGGAGCCAUUCACCCCCAUUAGUUACAAGCAACCAUGCAACUCAGCCUACGUCAUUAAACUCAGGUGUUGGGAUAGAAUGUGUUAAACAAAAAUCUAACCCAAUGCCAACAGACCAGUUGGCUGAAAAAGAUCCUAAAGUAAAGAAAGCAAAUGCCACACCCAUGUUUCCACUAAUUGGUAAAUUACCUUCUAUUAAGAAAGGGGCAAGGAAAAUGAGGAUUAAUAAAGAUGAUGCAAGUGCCUGUAUUAGUAAACAGGUUCAAACAACUUCAACUGUUCCAUCAAAUCCACAAGUUAUACCUCAAUUUGACAGCAAUACUUCAGAAGACUUACAGCAUAGAGUAGGGCAAAGUCCCAGUGCAUCACCAGUUUGUCUUGAAGUUGCCAAGAAGUAUAUAUCAACAGAAACUUGUGCUUCUUUAGUUCUGAAUCCAGACAAGACUUUGACACAAAAGCGCAACAUCAGAAACCAAGGGGACAAUGCAGAAAUCGCUGGGAUUGACUGUUCAAAACGCACCACCCCUCCCCUUUCAGAGCAACCAAUCACCUUCACUGAUGACGAGAUUGAGAAGUACAGAUUGCUUCAACUCCAGGCUCAACAGCACAUGCAGCAGCAGCACCUUCAGAAUCAAGCAUCUGUAGACAUGACACAUUUACCAGUACCAACUCCAGAGCCACCCGACCAGACCAUUCUUUCAGCCUGUCUGCCAUACAGCAUACUCAAGCCCUCUUCUACACCCUCUUCUAUUGCUCCUCAUCCCUCCUCUGUUACCCUGCUUACUCCCCUUCACGCCUCUAUCUCUCAGCCCCGUUUUGCCCCUCCAAUUCCUGCUGCCUUUUUUCCAGCGCUGCCUGCUACUAUGUUGGCAGCUCAACCCCUCCACCUGAUCCCAGCCUCAUCCCUCCACCCAGUUCACCCUCACCAUCAUGUUCCUGGGUUAACUCUCCACCCCCUGCCUCGUGUUUCUCUGCUUCCCACGAUGCUCAGUCCAAUGCCCAUGGCUGCAGCUGCCGCCGCUGCUGUUGCUGCUGCCAGUACUCUGCAGAUCCACCCCCUACUACACCCUCUGUUCCACAGCCAAGACCUUCAACGCCACCCUGGACCAACCAGCUAGCUCUGUGCAGUGAACUUUCUGAAGUUUAGGUUCUACUUUCAGCCAAAGUUCAUGUUGAGAAGUGAUUGAUUUUUGUUCCAUCUCUAUUUGUUGCAGUGUAGACUCAAGGAUAGCGGGACUUUUUACUUUGUUGUUUACUAGUUGUUUACUGUUACAUUAUUUAGCCAUCUAUCAUCUCCCCGCAUUAAUACACAGAUGAAAUUCUCCUGCCUCAGCACACUGUGAUUUAUCAGCAGUUGAGCCCAAUCAGCAGUUGGCUGAAAUUAAGCAUAACCUGAAGUCAAAUGCAAAUGUUAAUGCCUUCUUCAAUUAGUAAUAAGUAUAAUUAGCAUAUUUUUACAGUUAGGCUACCCAGCAAGUGUUCAAAAGGAUUUUAUUUAUGAAGAACUUAGUGGAGAUACCCUUGAGCAACCUUAAACUGACUAAGCAAAAUGUACAUGAAAAUUCGAAAUAAUUCAGAAUUAAAUUCAGAGAAACAUUUUUACAAUAUGUAAAUGUACAUCAUUAUUUGGUGCAGAAAUAAAGCAUGUGAUUGAGCUAUUGUAUCUCUUAAUGGAUUUAGCAGUGUUCACCACUUUGGUUGAAAAUGUCCCGUUUUUAAUUUAAAAUAUUUUUUCUGUGUAGAGUAAGUUUGUUCUUGCUCAGCUGUAGUGUGGACAUGCAAUAAUGUUUUUUCAAUCUAUUUAAAAUGUAAAAUCUUGAACAGUAUUUAUGUAUUCAUACUUUGUAAUGUAAGUAAUAACAAAUAACAUGCACUUGAUUGUUCAUACAUGUUUAAGAUGCUUUUUAUUCUCUCUUAUUUUGGUAGAGCCAGACAUACUUUCAUCUGUAAGAUAAUGUCAUGGUAAUAAUAAUAAAUUAAAUGUCAUUCCAAGAAAUGACAGUUUUGUUACUAGUGUCUUUGAAGUCUAUAAUUUGACUCAAGGCUUUUAAGGUUCAGGACUUUUAUACUUUGAAAGACACAGAGUAGCAAUUACCAUUUUGCCUGGAGGAGGACUGUGGCUGAA